AUGGCCACAAAUGCACAGCUUGGUGCUGAUGACGAUUAUAUAGUGGUUCGAAACCCAUCAAAGCUCGCCGAUCUACUCACCGCACGCAAUGUGGACCCUGAAGUUGUCACCAAAUACCUCCACAUUAUCCGAGGCGAUGCGAAAGAUUGUUACACAGUCGGCAAGACUCUCUAUGGGAUCAACCUAGAAAUCGCUGAUAUGGUUGUCAGCGACGUUGGAGGAUCAACCGUCGUCAAGCCUAACCGGCUCCGCCCUACCCUCGACGAUCCGACCAUCUGUCAAGAUGUGGUAUCUAACAUCCCCAACUCUCUCAAAAGGAUUGAGCUCCUUUUCAAAGCCACACCGCGAACUAGGAGGAAGCCAUAUAUAGUUGUUAUCUCCACCACAGGCAUCAGCAACCACGGCCGAGAUAUCGCUGUUGCCAUGGACAAGAAGGCCAUGGAAGGUAUUCUCUUGAGGGAGAUUCAAACUGGUGGUAGAGGUGCCAGUGUCAUUAGGGGAUUCACUGCCGUUCGACCAAGUUUCUUGACGGAUGGAAAACCAGUAGGUGCCCAAAAGAUUCGUGCCGCAGUGGAGGAGGAAGGCAAGGUUGCCAAGUCAGCUAUCGGCUACACGAUUUCUCGCGGAGAUGUUGGCGCCUGGAUCUAUGAGGAAUUGGUUGAGGACAAUGCGGCGGGCGAACUCAAAUAUGUGAACUAG